AUGAGUCUGAGGCGGUACUCGAGAAGCGUUGAUGGAACCAUCCCGGUUCCUGCACUACUUUACCCAGACGAGGAGUCGCUUGCAUCGCGGGAAGGAGUGGGGAUAUAUGAUGGCACCGAAAAGUCUGCUCCGCAUCAGUCCGGUACAAUCUACGUGACGACUCACCGCCUCUUCUACAUCGACGCCGCUCAUCCCGAGACACGAUCCUUCGAGCUAGAUCUGGCGCAUGUCCAGAAGACGGAAUACUAUGCUGGUCUCUUCACUAGUUCUCCAAAGGUCACCCUAUAUCUAUAUCCGCUCCGGUCAAGUUCGUCGGCUGAUGCGCCGAUGGGAGCAUAUGAUGGCGCGGUAGACGACCCGGCGUUCAAGUCAUGGACUUGCGAUGUGUGCAAUUAUCGGAAUCCUCCAGGCCUAAGUCCUGCCGCUUCGCGUAUAUGCGGCCUUUGCGGGGUUCCCCGCCCAUCUACUCAGUCUUCAGCGGAUGGGCCCAGUAACGCAUCCUCAAGUCCAUAUCAUCUAUCCUUGUCUCUACCCUCAUCUUCAGUCGACUUGUCGCAACUCACAUCAUCGUCCUCAUCGUCACCCAUACCUCCCCAUCUUCUGCAGGAUGGCAGCCAAGAGGUGGCAUGCGUCGUGUGUACCUUUUUGAACCAUCCUGACUUGACUCGAUGUGAGAUGUGUGGCUCGCCAUUACCCAGGCCCCAACCAUCCGUGCAACUAGGCUAUCACCCGCAUGCUAAGUCUGCACCAGCCUCUCGCCCAGCCACUCCAAGGGAUCACGACGGCUCAGAUAGUCCUGAAACGAGGAUGAUCAGGCUUAGUUUCCGGAAAGGAGGAGACAAGGCCUUCUACGCGGUCCUGAAGAGGAGCUUGCUUGGAAAAGGCUGGGAGAUAAAAAGUCUCAAGAAGACCGUUGGGUCUACGAACGCUGCAUCGGCGGCGACUCCGUCUGCUGCCUUCUCAGGGAUCAAUGGUAUUUUACGCUCCGUCGAGACGACUGCCGCGACUACACAGACGGACAUGGAAAAUGCUCUCAAAGACCUCGAGGCGCUUAUGGUCAAGUGGAAAGACAUGGUGAAGCUCGCUCAAGAUCUCAACGAACGAUUGACUGCAGCCUCUUCGUCGACGCCAGUGGCUCCGACUGCCACCGCAGGCGCCGUGACCAGCAUCGAUGGCGGGAUGACCAUGAUCACGCAGGCUGUGGAGCCUGAAGAAGCGACCUUCAUACGCUCGUCGCUCGCCCAGCUUGGGUUACAGAUGACUAACGCACCAGUAACGCUGGAUAUGAUUAAGGACGAGCAAAAGUGGAUGGAGGAGCUCGCGAAAGAAUUGGCACAAGUUUUGCAAGGCGAUGAUGGACCAGGGAGCCGAGAAGGAAUGAUGCGCAAGCGGGGCAUCAUUGGUCUUGAUGAAGUCUGGGGAGGGUGGAAUCGCGCGAGAGGCGUUGCGCUUAUUCCACCAUCCACGUUCUUAGAGGUGGUGCCUAGGUUGCAAACGUACACAUCCCCACCCAUAUGCAUGCGGACUUUCCGCGCAUCAGGCUUUUCCGUGCUCCAUAUACCAGAAUACGCGCUCCUCGAAUUCAACGCUCGUCUCGAUAAUAACCUGAAAUCUCAUGGACCGAAAACAGUAGUUGAGAUUGCACAGGAAGAGGGCUUACCUAUUGGACUGACUCAAGAGAUGGUGAACGACGCAGAGGGCGACUCCUUCAUCUGCAGAGACGAAGGCGGCUCUGGCGUCAAUGUCACUGCAAACACUGCUGGAGCAUGGCGCGGCUGGGCGAGCGAAGGCAGCGGGGAGGUGAGGUACUGGCCUAACAUAUUUCGUGACUACGUCUGGGACGGUCAAGAAGAUUGA